AUGUCACUCUCAGUAGAAGAGAGUCAGAAAGAAACAGUAACAGCAUUCGACCUAUUGUCCGGUCAGCCGCGUUCUCAUGCCCAUGCUUCUCGACAGCAGCGAUUGCUCUUGCCUGAGAUUUCACUUCAGGGCCUUGAUCCUUACACAGUGCUUCGAGAACGUGAAAAACGUAUUCAAAAACGUCUCAAUGAGCGCUUAGCAGAAUUGGAAGCGAGUAUGGAUGAAGAGGACCAACGGCAACCGUUAGGGUAUUUAUUGAAUGAAUAUUAUGAGGAUACUGUCCGCACUGCUUCGCCUCAGCGACUACACACCAUCGUUCAGAUAAAAUCACUUCAAUUGCGCGACAAACAAACGAAGCUACGUGAAGAAAUUGUAAAAAACAUGGAAGAAGCACAACGUCUUGCUAAUUCCAUCGACAAAACUUCCUACCGUAAGAUUAUGAAACGUACCUUACGUGAGGCGAGACUCACAGAAAAACUUGAGAAACAACAGCGUAUCGAUCGUGAGAAAAAAGAAAAACAACGUCAUUUGGAUUAUUUGCAGAGUGUUUGUAAUCAAGGAAGAGAUUUGUUGAGCUGGCAUAAAGCCCAUCAAGCAAAGAUGGGCAAAUUAGGAAGAGCAGUCUUACAGUUUCAUGCUCAUAUUGAAAAAGAAGAACAACGACGAUCUGAUCGACGUGCUAAAGAACGUAUCAAAGCACUUAGAAAUGACGAUGAAGAAGCAUAUAUGAAAUUGAUUGAUGAGGCAAAGGAUACAAGAUUGACAUUAUUGUUGAAACAGACAGGAGCUUAUUUGGAGUCCUUAACACAAGCCGUAGUAGAUCAAAAGGCUGAAAAUAUGAGUUUUGAAGAAAAUUUGGAUGAGGAUGAAGAGCAAACAGAAGAAGUGGAUGAGGAAAUGAUGCUGACAGAUAGUAAAGGCAACAAAGUGGAUUAUUAUAAAAUGGCUCACCGCAUUCAGGAAGAAGUAUGCCAACCUUCGAUUUUGGUUGGUGGUAAAUUGAAAGAAUAUCAGAUCAAAGGCUUACAAUGGAUGGUGUCAUUGUACAACAACCAUCUUAAUGGUAUUUUGGCUGAUGAAAUGGGUCUCGGCAAAACAAUCCAAACUAUCAGUUUAAUUACCUAUUUGAUUGAAAAGAAAAGGCAAAAUGGUCCCUUCCUUAUUAUUGUUCCUUUAUCUACUUUGACGAAUUGGACCUUAGAAUUUGAGAAAUGGGCACCCUCUAUCACUACAAUUGUUUAUAAAGGUACUCCAGAUGUACGUAAAGACAUUCAAAAACGCCAAAUCAAACAUCGCAACUUUCAAGUUCUAUUGACUACCUUUGACUACAUCAUCAAAGAUCGACCUGCACUAUGCAAAAUUAAAUGGCAAUAUAUGAUCAUGGACGAAGGUCACCGUAUGAAGAAUACUCAGUCAAAGUUGACAAUGGUAUUGAGACAGUAUUAUACGUCCAGAUACAGACUCAUAUUGACGGGUACCCCACUUCAGAAUAACUUACCUGAACUUUGGGCAUUAUUGAAUUUCAUCUUGCCGAAAAUUUUCAACUCUGUCAAAAGUUUUGAGGAAUGGUUCAAUACCCCCUUUUCAAAUCAAGGUGUACAGGAUAAAGUUGAAUUGAAUGAAGAAGAACAGUUAUUAAUUAUAAAGCGUCUACAUAAAGUUUUACGUCCUUUCCUCCUCAGAAGAUUAAAAAAAGAUGUUGAAUCAGAAUUGCCUGAUAAAGUCGAAAUUGUCGUUAAAUGUAAAUUGUCUGCGCUUCAGCAAGUUUUAUAUAAUCAAAUGAGGAAAUAUGGUGUCUUAUUUGGCGGCAAUUCCUCUACAGGUAGACGGACAAGUAUUAAGGGUCUAAAUAAUACUAUCAUGCAGUUACGUAAGAUUUGUAAUCAUCCCUUUGUAUUCGAAGAAGUGGAACAAGUGAUCAAUCCUUACAAAGUCAGUAAUGAAUUGCUGUAUCGUGUAUCUGGUAAAUUUGAUCUUUUGGAUCGAAUCUUACCAAAGCUCCGAGCCACGGGCCACAGAGUUCUCGUCUUUUUCCAAAUGACACAAAUCAUGGAUAUUAUGGAAGAUUUCUGCAUCUAUCGUGGCUUUCGACAUUUGCGGCUUGACGGUUCAACAAAGGCCGACGAUCGGUCCAAUUUACUCAAAUUAUUUAAUGAUCCUGAAUCACCUUAUUUCAUAUUUUUGCUUAGUACAAGAGCUGGUGGGCUAGGUCUUAACUUACAAACUGCUGAUACAGUUGUUAUCUUUGAUUCUGAUUGGAAUCCUCAUCAAGAUUUGCAAGCACAAGAUCGUGCGCAUCGAAUUGGACAGACAAAAGAGGUACGAAUACUUCGGUUGAUUACCGAAGAUUCUGUUGAAGAAAAUAUCCUUGCAAGAGCUCAAUACAAGUUGGAUAUUGACGGCAAAGUCAUUCAGGCGGGUAAAUUCGAUCAUCGAAGUACAGAAGAAGACCGUGAAGCGUUUUUACGUUCGCUCCUCGAAGACAAAACAGGCAAAGACGAGGAAGAUAGUGAAAAUAUGGAAAGUGAUGAGUUAGAUGAUGAAGAACUGAAUACAAUUCUAAAACGGUCUGACCAAGAAUUCGCGAUUUUCACAAAGAUGGAUUUGGAAAGACAAAGAAUGGAUUUGGAAGAAUGGAAACGCAAAUAUGGAGAGAACAUAGACAAAAAGCCUGAGAGAUUGAUCCAGGACUGGGAGCUACCAGAUAUUUAUCGAUAUGAUCAAAUGGCUCAUUACAAUAACGAGAUGGAUGAUCUCCUCAUGGGGCGAGGGCAACGAGUAAGGGAGACAGUUCGAUAUGAUGAUGGCAUGACGGAAAGACAAUGGUUAAAACAGAUAGAAAGAGAUGAAGAUGAAAUAGCUCAACAAAAAUCAGUUAAAAGAGCCAAAUAUUAUAAAUAG